ACGUGGGAAAAGAGAUUAUCAUGCGGAAUAAAAAAAAAUUAAAAUCGACCCACUUGGUUAGUGGACUGACAGUAUUGAUGGCAUUCAUACUACUCUUGUGUGGUACUUCAUCAUUCACGGAAGGGAAAUCCAUAUCAAACCCCUGUAAAAACUCAGACACAAUGAACGGUCAUCAUGAUGAUACAUGCCUAACGCCAGAAUGCAUAAACGCCGCAUCAACGUUCCUGAAAAACAUGGAUCCCGCCGUUGAUCCGUGUCACGACUUUUAUCACUAUGCCUGCGGUGGUUUUAUCAAUGAAACGAUCAUACCUGACAGUCUGGGCAAGGUGGACAGCUUUAGUAUUGUAUCCGAGAAGCUUUUUAAUCACCUGAAAUUAAUUAUACGAGCCGAAAUGAAACCCGAUGAGCCAAAAUACACUAGGCUAGUUAAACAUUUCUACAAGAAUUGCAUGAAUAAAACUGCAAGAGAGAGCGCAGGGCUCAAGUCCCUUCACGCGCAGUUGGACAAACUGGGUGGAUGGCCAGUUGUUCUUGGUAAUAAUUGGACGGAAGAUAACUUCGAUUGGCGGAGCACAAUUUAUAAGUUGCGAAAUACCGGCUUGUCCUACGAUUCGCUUAUUUCGGUUAGCGUUAUGGCAGAUCCAAAAAAUAGGACAAGACGUGUAGUUACGCUCAGUCACUCGAAUUCGAGAUACUUAGACAGUGGCUCUGACGGGAGAAUCCUCAAUGCCUAUUACCGAUUCAUGAUUGAUGUUGCUGUGAUACUCGGCGCUGAUGAGCGGCGCGCUGUGAACGACUUUUACGAAUCAUCCGUAUUUGAAAUCCGCUUGCACUCGCUCGAAUUACUGGUAAAGCCACAACGGAACGCGACGCAGUUCUACAAUCUGAUGACAGUCAAAGAGUUGUCGAAAACUUACCCAAGUAUACCCUGGCAAGAAUAUAUCAGCAGACUGUUACCAUCGUCCAUUACCAUUGGAGAGGACGAGAUUGUUAACGUAUUGACGCCACGCUAUUUCGCUAACUUGGAAGAUUUACUGAAAACUACUCCAAAGAGAACACAAGCCAACUACCUCAUAUGGCAAGCUAUGUCGAAUUUGCUGCCUCAUCUCAAUGAUGCCAUACGAGACAAGGUACAGAUUUUCAUGGCUACAUAUUUCGGAAAUACCGAAAGGAAGAGCCAAUCACGGGAAUGCAUAGAAACUGUGCUUGCGAAACUCCCACUCGCUACGAGUGCCAUGUACGUUAGGAAAUAUUCUGACGAAGAGACUAAACGAAAUAUUGCCAAAAUGGUGAUGGAUAUCAAGGAGCAGUACAACAUCACUUUGAGCCAGAUCGGUUGGAUGGAUGAAAAAACACGAAUGAAGGCACUGGACAAGCUCAAUGCGAUGGUCACUUACAUCUCACAUUCUGAUGAGAUGUUGAACGAGGAAAAACUGAACGCAUUUUACCAAAAACUUGAUUUGUCCGGGGACAAUUAUUUCGAGAAUUUAUUGAACUUGACGUUAUUCAACAUGGAAAUACCGUUAGAAAAAUUGCGUAAACCGGUGAAUAAAACUGAUUGGACGGAUGACAAAUAUUCUGCAACUGUCAAUGCCUUUUAUGACAGGAUUGACAAUAGUAUAAGUUUACUAGCUGGUAUUCUUCAAGAUGUUUUCUAUGACAAUGAUCGCCCAAAAUAUAUAAAUUAUGGCUCGAUUGGAUCCAUUAUUGGCCAUGAAUUAACACAUGGAUUCGACGACAUGGGAAAACAAUAUAAUGAGAAUGGGAAUAUUUUUAACUGGUGGACACCCUCAACCGAACAAAAUUUUACUCAACGUGUGCAGUGCCUCAUUGAACAGUAUGGGAAUUAUACCGUUCCCGAGGUCAACCAAACUUUGAACAGUUUCAUGACACAAAGUGAAAAUAUUGCGGACAAUAGUGGUGUGAAAAUGGCAUAUUUGGCGUACAACCGUUGGGUUGCGAGAAAUCAAGCGGAGAAGAAAUUGCCCGGAAUUGAUCGGACCCCGAAGCAAUUAUUCUGGCUCAGCGCUGCCAAUAUCUGGUGCACUAAAUACACACAAGAAUCUCUUCUCGUUGGGUUACGGGGAGACCCACACAGUCCGGCUGAGCUACGGAUCCUCGGUUCAUUCUCAAAUAAUGUUGAAUUUGCAAAUGAUUUCAAAUGUCCAGAGGGUUCGAGAAUGAAUCCGACAAAAAAAUGUCCCAUUUGGUGAAUUAAAAAUGAGUGCGAACCUCGAAAGUGACACUUGUCGUUAACGACGAAA